AUGCCUGGACCCAGUGCGCUCGUUGUGCCUGCCCUGAAGCGGCAUACCGCGACGGUCAUUUUCGCCCAUGGUCUGGGUGACAGCGGAGCUGGAUGGGCCGGACUGGCUGAGAACUGGCGCCGUCGAGGCAAGUUUGAGGAAGUGUCAUUCGUCUUUCCCAAUGCGCCAGAUAUUCCCAUUACAGUGAACUGGGGCAUGCGUAUGCCCGGAUGGUACGACAUUACAACAUUCGACGAACUCGCCGACGCUCACGACGAGCCGGGCAUCCUGCGCUCGCGCUCCUUCUUCCACUCGCUCAUCGACAAGGAAGUCAGCGAAAAGGGCAUCUCGUCUGACCGCAUCGUGCUCGGCGGCUUCUCCCAGGGCGGCGCCAUGUCCAUUUUUGCCGGCGUCACGAGUCCCCGCAAACUCGGCGGCAUUGUUGGCCUGUCGUCGUAUUUGCUCAUGGGGAACAAGAUUCGUGAUUUGGUUCCUUCCGACAACCCGAACAAAGACACGCCGGUAUUCAUGGCCCACGGGGCCGAAGACGAACUCGUCAAGACGCGCUGGGGCAAGAAGACGGCCGAUCUACUAUCUGAAUGGGGCUGGAAAGUUGAUUGGAAGACUUAUCCUGGUCUCGCGCACUCUGCGGAUCCGCAGGAAAUCGACGACCUCGAAGCCUUUUUGGAAAAACGGUUGCCGCCGCUGGGCCAGCAGUAG